UGUUUUGGAUUUCGCAAAAAACCUAGAAAUGGAUUAUUUUGGGCUGCUUUUGCCAGCAGGGAUUGCUUUCAUCUGGCAACCCUGCUCCAAACUUUCACUUUAAGAAGGCGCGUCUCUGCAGUGUAGUGUGUUUAUUACAAUCCUUAAAGUGGCACAUGGAAACCAUUUCUACAUGGCAACAUAGAAUCUCGACCUAUAUAGUCUGUCUGAUGUGAGGAAACGCUUUGGAGAAACUGAUCCACGGCGCAUAUAGUCCUGUAGGUUGGCUCGACUAUUUUUAUCUGUGGCUGUGGUACCUCCAGCGUGAGCUCCUCAGCCGAGGCGCACGGCUGCUAAGCGAGGAUCGGCGGAUUCAGACAUACUCGGCGACGAACACGAGACAUGAAAUAGUGGCCGGUGCAAGCCGUCAGAGGUGAAGCAGAUUGGGACGUGAAUGAAAUGGAGGCACCGCCGGGGACGAGCUGCUGUGAGCGCACCUUGGUCAAACGAGAAUAACAGCGAGCCGUGAAGACAGGCUGGGAUGGCAGCAUCCAGUAACUCAAGCCUCUCAGGUUCAUCUGUGUCCUCUGACCCUGAGGAUUACCAACCGCCCAUAUGGAAGUCCUACCUGUACCAGCUACAGCAAGAAGCCCCAAGACCAAAGAGGAUCACAUGUCCUCAUGAGAUGGAGAGCAGACCCAAAUACUAUGGCAGAGAAUUUCAUGGCGUGAUCUCUCGAGAAUAUGCAGAUGAGCUACUGGGGGGCGCAGAGGGUUCAUACCUCAUCAGGGGGAGCCAAAGACAGCCAGGGUCUCACACCUUGGCCUUAAGGUUUGGACACCAGACCCUCAACUACAGACUGUUCUAUGAUGGGAAACACUUUGUUGGGGAGAAGAGGUUUGAGUCUGUCCAUGACCUCGUGACGGAUGCCCUCAUCACUCUUUACAUCGAGACUAAGGCUGCAGAGUACAUCGCCAAAAUGACCACGAACCCUAUCUAUGAGCAUCUUGGAUACACCUCACUGCUCAAGGACAAGAUGGUGCACAGGUUGAGCCGUGGACGCACAGAACCACGCAGGGUCACCUUCCAGAGGGAUGAAAGGAUCUCCUCACCUCUGGUGCGGCGGAGUGCCUUGAAAGACACACCGGAGAAGCAAUGCUCGUAUGAGAAGAUCCACAAUUUUAAGGUGCAUACCUUUCGAGGACCGCACUGGUGCGAGUACUGUGCCAACUUCAUGUGGGGCCUCAUCGCCCAGGGUGUGCGCUGCUCAGAUUGUGGACUGAAUGUACACAAACAGUGCUCCAAACUGGUUCCUAGCGACUGCCAGCCGGACCUGCGCAGGAUAAAGAAAGUGUUUAGCUGUGACCUCACCACGCUUGUUAAGGCUCAUAACGCGACAAGACCCAUGGUGGUUGACAUGUGUAUUCGAGAGAUAGAGCUCAGAGGUAUGAAAUCUGAAGGUCUCUACCGAGUAUCUGGCUUCUCGGAGCACAUAGAGGAUGUGAGACUCGCCUUUGACCGAGAUGGUGAAAAGGCUGACAUCAGUGCCAGUGCCUAUGCAGACAUCAACAUCAUUGCUGGUGCUUUGAAGCUCUACUUGAGAGACCUUCCCAUUCCAGUCAUUACAUUUGACUUGUACUCCAAAUUUAUUCAAGCUGCAAAACUUCCUAAUGCUGAAUCAAGAUUGGAGGGAAUCCACGAGAGUUUGCUGCAGCUUCCCCCAGCUCACUAUGAGACUUUACGUUACCUGAUGGCUCACCUCAAGAGGGUGACAAUGUUCGAAAAGGACAAUUUAAUGAAUUCUGAGAACCUGGGGAUCGUCUUUGGUCCGACACUUAUGCAGCCACCGGAGCAGAAUGCUUUGGCAACCCUGAAUGACAUGAGGCAGCAGAAACUUGUAGUGCAGCUUAUGAUAGAGCAUGAAGACGUCUUAUUCUAAGGACUGAGGCAUGCAGACCUUACAGCAGAAACAAAGGACAAUUAUUUAUUGUGUCAAAGAGGAAAUUCAAGCCACCUUGAUGAAGUUUCAGAAUAGUUUGUAAUCAAAUUGAACUUGAAAAGCUUGUUUCUCGCAUGACUGUUUUGGUUGAAGUUGGUUUAGUGUUGACAUUGUCUUGUUACUGUAAGUUUUGGGGUUUUCACUCAGCCAGGACCAUCAUUUUUAUAUACUAACUAUAUAUUAACUACCUACAGUGCUGUUUCCGCCUCUCUUUUAUUUGAGGACUGUCACUACCUGGUGUAGACUCAGUCAUGGUGACAGCGCUGUGUUAAAUCCACCCAAGGCAGGUCGUCUGGUGCUGUGUUAACCGAGCCUCACAGCAGCAGCAGCUAAGUUAACGUUCCCACGUGAGGUGUGCAUAUUGUGGUUUCGGUGGAAACGCUCGUUAAAAUUUGAAACGAAACAAUGUGGAUCCUUUCAUUGUAGAUAAAAUCAGAUCAUGUGAUGAUCAGUAUUUUCACUGUGUGUACUAAAAAUGAAAGACGAGACAAUUGGUCGCUCAUGAAGCACUUUUUUGCAACAAGUGUAAAGAUUUAUUUUGUAAAGAUGUUUAUUUUUGUCUUUUAUUCUGCAUCUUGUUCCUUUGUCACAAUAAUAUAUACUGUUGAGAAUGAUGUUUGUUAAAUCGAUGUCUAAAUACAAAACUGUUCACAAUAGAAAAGAAAAGUCAGAAAAGCUGCCAUUUUCAUUUAAUGGUUAAAUUCUGGUCAUAUUAAUUCAUGUGAUUUAGCUGCCUCUGCACCACAUAACACACGUUGGUCACCAGUUUCGCAGCAUUUCAGUUUACAUGCUGUAAUUUGGGAUAUUUUCAAAUAAAAAAUAAGAUUUUG